UCUUUCUCGUUUACGUCGCGAUAGCCAGAGAAGAACAAAACUUUGAGAGACAGAGAGAGGAAGAUACGAGACUGAGAAAGAAAAUCCCUAAUGUCUAGCUCAUCUAACCCUAAUUCCUCGUAUGCUACAGCGAUGAGUGCAAAUUCGAGUCGCCGUAGGGCUGAAAGGCAAAGGGGGUUUCCGACGAUUUGUAGGAAGUGUGGAGAAGAGGCUGAGAUUUUUACAUCUAAAAAAUUGAAAAAUCCAGAAAGACUUUUCCAUGGUUGUCCUAAUAGUAGUGAAGAGGAUAAGAACCAUUUGUUUAAAUGGACUGAUGAAUCUGCUGUUGAGGAAAUUCAUGAUAUCAAGAGCUUGUUUGAUGAAAAAAUCGCCUCACACAUCUUUUGGAAGUUUAAACCACCAUCAAACAACACCUUCAAAUCUGAGAAUUCUUCGAAAGGAAACUUGUACCACACUCGCUGCCCAUACAUAUCAACAAACCCUGCCGAGAUUAUCCCACCAAAAAGACACUGA